CAAAUAUUGAGUGAUAUCUUCAUUACUAUUGCAUAAAAUGCCUCCCCAAGACGCUCGAGCGGGCUCGUCUGGGUCGAUGGGGAAGGGGACGCUGGGGUCUGGCGACACCCUUGGACACAAGUCUGUUUUGGACAAGCAGAGGGCGGCCAUCGAAAAGCUGCGCGCACAGAAUGAACAGCUAAAGACAGAGCUGCUGCUGGAGAACAAGUUUAGCGUCCGGCCGGGCGACCCAUUUGCUCAAGCCCUCAUUAACCGGCUGCAGGAUGAGGGUGACAUGCUUGCACGCAAGAUCGUGCUCGAGAUGCGUAAAAGUAAGAUGCUGGAUCAGCAGCUGGGUGAGAUAAGCAAUACACUGACGACAACACGGAACAACAUGGGCGGCAUUUUUUCAGCUAGGGAGCAAUCCCAAGCUGUCCAGAAGCGCAUUAAGCUACUCGAGAACCGUCUUGAAAAAGCUUACGUAAAAUAUAACCAGUCCAUUACGCAUAACAAACAGCUGCGUGAGCAAAUAAACAACCUUCGCCGGGAGCGCAUUAUGUUCGAGAGCAUUCACAGCAACUUGGAGCGGGACCUUGCCAAGGUGAAGCGCGACAUGGCUGAUAUGAUUCAGCAGGCCAACGGGGCCUUCGAGGCGCGGGAAAAGGCGAUUGGGGAGAUGAAUGCCCUCAAGGCGCAGGCGGACAAGGAACAGCAGGGCUUUGAGGAGGAAUGGCGGCAGCUAACCGCCAUCAUUGAAGAGGACAAGAAAGAGCGGGAACGCGCUCGCGCACAAGAGCUAGCCAUGCGUGAGCGUGAGACACAGGAACUCCUCAAGAUGGGUACGCUGUCGUCGGCAGAGAAGAAGAAGCGGGUGUCUAAGGGGCAAUGGGGCGCGGGCUACAACAAGGCCCUGGCACAAAACGUGGCCGCGGAGAAGGUGGAAAUGUACGGGCAGGCCUUUAAGCGGAUCCAGGACGCCACCGGCAUUGAGGAUAUUGACCAACUAGUGAACACCUUCCUGGCGGCAGAGGACCAGAACUACACGCUUUUCAAUUACGUCAACGAGGUCAACCAGGAGAUUGAGAAGUUGGAGGACCAGAUUAAUAUCAUGCGCUCUGAAAUUAACAGAUACCGGGAAACCGGUCAGGAGCUGGACCGCACCAAGUCCCGCGAACUCACGGAGGGUGAGGCGCGGCUCGCGGCAUGUGAGGCUCAGUCGCAGCUGUACGAGAAGCGCUAUGAGGCCGCCACGUCCAUGACCGCUGCGCUCAAGGCGGGCAUCGCCGAGCUGUUUGAUCGCAUCGGCUGCAACACGCCGGCGGUGCGCGACCUGCUGGGCGAGGAGGGUCUCACGGAGGCAAACCUUAUGGCCUACCUGGGCAUCAUUGAGCAGCGAACCAACGAAAUCCUCCAAGUGUAUGCCAAACGGAAAGCGGUCCAGGGCACGGAGGGCCUAGCGGAGGCGCUGCUGGCCCAGCCGCUAACGCAGCCUGGCAACCGCAUCAUCAUCGAGCCGCCCUCCACCAAUCAAGAGGAGGAGGUGGAGGGGUUGGAACCGGAGCCGGUGGAGGAGGACCGACCGCUGACGCGGGAGCACUUAGAGACCAGGGUGCAGCGAACACUGCCGCGCAAAUUGGAAACGGCAAUUAAAGUGCGACCGGCGGGGGUGGAUGCGGCGGGCGGAAAGCGUGGGUCUCCUACGCGGCGGUGACCAGGGGCAGCAGCUGCUGCGGCCGGGGUUGGGGUAUGGGUUUGGGUUCUACUGGAUUCCUUUUCUUGGGUCUGGCUUGGCGCACGAGUGUGUGCACGUGCGCGGAUGGGCAGCGAACUGCGAACAUAUGGCGUGAUUCAUAGACCAGCAUUACUAGGGUUGGGAUUAGAGUCAACGACAUUCGGUAGUGCACUGUUGUGUUGCGUGAAGCUGGAGUGGCUUGGGUUUGGCAUCUGUGCAGCGUGAGUGUGGCUCUCGGUUCGCUGAGAUGAACGGACGCGGACACUGCGGUAGCCAACCAAGUGGAGUAAUGGUAGUGGCUGUGUGGUUGCAGGACGACAGGCAUUGCAUGCAUUACUUGUACUUCCUUUUUAGGUCCGGUCUCGGAACAGUAUCUGCUGGCUGGGCGCGUAGGUGGACGAAUGCCUGGUGACCUGUUAACACGAACCUGACGCGUAUCUCUGCGCUGCUGGUGUGUAGAUUAUGACCGUAAUUCAGGACAGGGUUACAUGGAAACUGUUUGGUUGAUCGUACGGCGUGCCAACUAGUCAGGAAUAACGGAGGAUAACCGUUGAGCACUGUGGUCAACGUGGGAAGUUCUGGUCGUGGUCGCGGCACGCUUCGGGUGCAUCGCCAGCAGCACCGCCAUGGUCUUUUUUGUAAAUAUGUAGGCGGUAUUUGGGUUAUAACUGUUAACUGGUAUACGUGGGUGAUCCGUUUGAACCCAGUGAAACGACUUUCAUCUAGUUAGGUGAUGUGCACCAUGCUGCCAUUAAACCUUCGCAGCUCUGAGGCGAUGUCUGCAACUGAAUUUAUGUACCUCGCAGGUUACAGUGCGAGGCCAACUGUACUCGGUAACGCGAGCUGUUUUGGUAACGCGAAUUUGUUUUGGGCUUGUGCGUAGGCGGCGGAGUCCUGGUCAGCGAAGCCCAGUAGGCUUGCGUGCUUGUUCGUGUUUGGCUGCUCCUAGUAACCUGUCCCAUCCGAGCCGUGUUUUCCGAUGAAGCGACAGAGACGCCCUCCGUGCGCGUUGAGGCUAGGCUGUGGAGUUGGGAGAGGAUUGGCGCUGGAGGGGGUCCCACGAAGAGUAUCAAGGCGGAGGAUUAGCUUCACUAACUGACCGG